AUGGCGAGACACCAGUAUCCGUCGAGUGAGGUCGGAAAAGCCAGAAUUCUUCGAAAAAUACAAGAUACGAUCUUUGAACUUCGACAAGCUGAAGCAUGA